AUGUUUGGAUUGUAAAUUUAAACCGGAUAAGGCCAGUCAUGUAGCCAGCAAUACCAGGAGAACAAAGAGAGAGACCAAAAAGAAAGAGAGAGGAAAAUAAAAUGGCAGCUUCAUUAUCAACCAUAUCAUCAGCACCACCGCCACAAUGGAUGUCGAGUCGAAGCCAACAAACUGCUCGUUGCCCGUCAGCUUCUUUGUCUCUCUCCACUGGUACACGGCCCAGAAACAAAUUCUCAAUGAAUGUUAUCAGUAACUCCACGUCUCGCUCAGGGUUGCUUCACUGCUCUUUCCUUUCUACCUCUUCUCUUUCACUCUCUUCUUCCUUCUCAGGUUUAUCUUUGGGAUUGGAUCUGAAUUCCAGCACUGGGGUAAGAAAGGGGAGAGGCUAUGGCCUGGUGGUGAGAGCCGGAAAGGCUGCUCUUUGUCAAACCAAGAGGAAUAGGUCCCGCAAGUCUUUGGCCCGGACUCAUGGCUUCCGUAGAAGGAUGAGAACCACCAGUGGAAGGGCAGUGUUGAAACGUCGACGUGCCAAGGGAAGAAAGGUCCUUUGCACCAAGUCCAACCCUAAUUCAGGAAAGGGUUCCUGAUUGUUCAUCAUUAAGUCAGAUUCACGGCCUCAUGUAAUGAAAUUUAGUGGUGCCUGUUGAUUGAUUUAGUAUCUCUUGAUAACUUCGCAGUCUUGUGUUUUAGUGGUACUAUUCUGGUACAGUAACUGUAUCCUGCUGGUUAUUUUUAUGGUAUAUUUUGGUGAUUGAAUGUAACUGCAACAAGGUAACCACCAUUCA